AUUAAUGUUCAUUCAUCUAAUCUAUGCAGUAUUAAACAUACAUAUAAUACUCACUGAUUAUUUUGAUGUUAGCAUGCAGUCUCAAUUUUUUCACUUGCUCAUAUGGGCUACCAUAAGUGUUUAGAUUUACAAAUAUGCCUUAAUAUGGGUUUUAUAAAAUUAAGAAUAAGUAAAAACAAAAAUAAAUUUGAAUAGGCUGAAUCUGUGUUUAUAAAGAAUAUGUAAAAGUUGACUUCAUUAAGCAAAUUACCAGAGACUUUUCUUAAGCAAUAUAUUAUGCCAACAUUAAUUGAUGCAAUUACAUUAAAGAAUAUAGUAAGAUGAUUGAUAAAUACUUUAGCAACAUACAAUUGCAUUCUUUAUCGCAUUAAAUUUAGGUAUUUCCUAUUUGACAUUGUUCCUGACAAACAAGGCAGUAAGAAGCAUUUCUUUACAUCUAUUAUAUGGAUUAUAUUAUCAUUAUAAUAAAAACGAAUAGUAAUAUCAAUUUUGGAUGUAAAGAAGUAAAAAAAUCAGUUUAGAAAAAUGGGAAGCUUUAAAAAACAAGAUUUAAAAAUAAAAAAUCUGAUGUUUGGUUUCAUUAUAUAUAUAUAUAUACAGAAU